AUGGGCAACCCCGUGAGCAAGAGCCAGGAGUUCAUGGAGCAACGAGAGAGAAGCAACACGGAGUACCGGAAGCAGGGAACCCUGUCUAUGAACCUGGUGCGAGAGGAAUUCAAUCGCGAUAUACAGGAGGUGUACGACCUGAGGUCGGGGGAGCUGCUCGGGAAGGGAGGCUUCGGGACUGUCAGAGUCGUCACGCAUAAGGCGACGCAAAACAAGUAUGCGCUAAAGACGAUCGAGCUAAAGGACGUGGAGACGGUGGAGCAGUACGAGUUUCUCCUCAACGAGAUCGAGAUCAUGAAACAGCUCGACCACCCCAACAUCGCACGGUACAAAUUUAGGAGUGAGGACGAGACGGCGAAGAUUGUGAACAAGCUCAUCAACGCGCUUCGGUAUUGCCAUGACCGCAACAUUGCGCACCGAGAUAUCAAGCUUGAGAACAUCUGCUUCGAGUCCAUGGCAGAUGACGCGGAAGUGAAGCUGGUGGACUUCGGACUCAGCGCUUCGUUUAAGGACGAGCAAAUGCGGCACGAUUUGGUGGGGUCCUGGGCGUUCAUGGCGCCGGAAGUUCUUCAGAGAGCGCACCAUCCUCAAGCCUGCGACCUGUGGAGCAUGGGUGUCAUCACGUACUGCCUCCUGGCAGGGUUCCCUCCGUUCCGAUCAGUCAACCUCAAGGGCCUCAAGGAGCAGAUAUUGUACAGCUAUGCGAAAGACUUCAUCCAGAAGCUUCUCAAGAAGGAUCCUCAGAAGCGAUGGACGGCACAGCAGGCCCAACAUCACGCGUGGCUGACGAAGGCUCGCAGCACGAAGAAGAACGCCAAGCUUAGCCCGAAAGUGGUGGAGAACCUGAUGCACUUCAAGAGCCUCAACCUCAUGAAGCGCGUGGCGUUGGGAGUGGUGGCGAGAACACUGGAGGCGUCGGAGAUGAGAAAUCUCGAGCAGGAGUUCCAUAAGGCGGACAUCGCGAGAAGCGGAGAGAUCUCCAUCGAGGACUUCCGAUCCGUCCUGUUGAGAUCAAACCAGUUCCAGCGCAAGGAGGUGGACGAGAUCUUCGAGGGGCUGGACAUCGGUUGCUCCGGGAGGCUCUCCUACACCGACUUUACGGCCGCCGCCCUCAACAGGCAACACUUGGACACGCGACGUCUUAAGUACGCGUUCGAGAGGCUGGACCAUGACAACAACGGCUACUUGGACUACGAGGACUUGAUGAUGACAGUCGGGUCGGACCUGAGCACAGAGGACGUACGAACAGCGAUAAAGCAAUUCGACACGGACAACAGAGGCAAAGUCUCCUUCGAGUGA